CCACUAACAUCUGGAGAAAAUGGGGAAAAGAGGCUACAAAAAGAAGUUGAGAGGACGAAAAAAGUCAAUGGCACCGAACAAACCUCUGAAGACAAUAAAAAAACCAGAGCCACAGGGAUUCUAGAUAAUCCUUUACAACUUGGUGUAGCUUUUAGUGAUUUUGUCGAUGUGGAUAAUUUUAAAGAAUACCUUGGAAAGCAUGCACCCAAAACAGGUAAGCCUGUUGUUAUACUCAUUUUUAAAAAAAAAUAAUUUUUUAUUGUAUUUUGAAUGGCUAGUUAUUUUUCUCAAUGUUUAAAAUAAUAAUAAUUUCAUUUUUGUCCAGCGUUAGUUGUAGACAUGGUAUAUUGUAUUUCUCUUUUAUAUUACCUGCACCAUUUGGGAUUUAUUCAGGAAAUUUAUUUUUUUUGGUCUUAAUUGAAUGGCGUAAAAUUGCUUAUCUUUAAAAAAAAUGUAUUUUUACUUUAACCUUGCAGACCAUAAAUGUUAAUUCGCACGAAUAUAAUUCUGUACCAUUAGGCUUUAUUCCUACAUAAAAUUGUAGCUGUGCAAAACAUAUUGCACUGAAUAGUUAAGAUAUAGGUAUAACCGCCCACUUAUGAAUAUUUCAUCUAACCAAGGCAUUGUACAAUUCAUCAAAGGUUGAUAUAUUUCAUCACGUUCAGAGUUAGUUUAAUAAAUAACUUCUCUUUCUUCCUUGCACAGAGGAUAAUUUUGGCGGGAGAUCUGAAGAACAUUU